AUGCCGAGCCCUCAUUUUACUCUGGCGGAAGGCCAGCCGGUCUCUGACCCAGCCACCAGCAUGACCUUGCCGACUCUAGGCGGUGGUGGCCUCACGACCUUGGGAGAUACACUCCUCAUCGAAACUCUCACUCAUUUCAAUCGCGAGCGUAUUCCCGAGAGAGUUGUCCAUGCUAAGGCAGCUGGUGCUUGGGGCGAGUUCGAAGUAACCAAUGAUGUUUCCUCGCUCACCUCGGCCAAGUUCUUGAAUGGAGUCGGCAAGAAGACUCGAGUCUUGUUCCGCCUUAGUACAACCGGCGGCGAAAAAGGCAGUGCAGAUACCGUCCGCGAUGUGCGAGGUUUCUCUGUGAAGUUCUUCACUGAGGAAGGAAAUCAUGAUAUUGUGGGAAAUCAUAUCCCUGUCUUCUUCGUGCGCGAUCCCAUUCGCUUUCCCUCCCUGAACAGGAGUCACAAGAGGCACCCUUCGACCAAUCGUCCCGAUUGGACUAUGUUCUGGGACUUCCACGUCAACCAACCCGAAAGUGUCCAUGCUUUGAUGCAUCUUUUCGGUUCCCGUGGCAUUCCUAACUCCAUUCGUCGCGUCACUGGAUUUGGUGUGCAUACCUUCAAGAUGGUUACUGCUGAUGGCCGAUUCCACUACUGCAAGUUUCACUUCCGCCCUGUUGAUAACAUCACGCACUUCUCGAAAGAAGAGGCGACUCGCAUGGCCGGAGUGAACCCCGAUUUCCAUAACCAGGAUCUGUGGUGUGCCAUAUUCCGUGGCCACUUCCCUGUCUGGAAGCUCUAUGUUCAAGUCAUGGAGCCCGAGCAGGCUGAGACGUACGGUCGGGGCCUGUUUGACAUCACCAAAGUCUGGUCUCACAAGGAAUUUCCCCUGAUCGAAGUUGGCAAGAUGACUCUCAACAAGAAUCCUGAGAACUACUUCGCUGAGAUUGAACAAGCGGCAUUCUCACCUUCAAAUAUGGUGCCUGGGAUUGCCAUGACGCCCGAUCCUAUGCUUCAAGCUCCUCCUCCUCCAAAUCGUGCUAUCUGCCCCGUUUACGCACCAUAUGAGAGAGAUGGCAUGAGCGUACAUACUCGCAACUAUGGCGGUGAUCCAAACUACGUGCGCAGUACGCUGAGUCCUGGCAUUCCCAGCCAGGUGAUCUCGGAUGUGCGGCACACCGAACCCAUUGAGCGUUCUGCCGUCCUGGGCAAGAAUGAAAUUGCGGUUGAUGACGAGGACUAUGUACAGUCUCGAGAGUUGUGGAACAGAGUUUUCGAUGAGUCUGAGCGGAGACAAUGGGUCGAAAAUGUUUCGGAGACAUUGGAAGCCGUUCCUCCUGAGUUGAAGCAAGCGGUGAUUGCCAUGUUUGGCAAGGUUGAUCCAAGCAUUAGACAGUUGAUGGCCGCCAAGGGCAAGGAGACCUCACACCUUUGA